UUCCUCCAUGCGGUUUGGCCAAGAGUCCAACGUUUCUUUGGAAAGGGUUUUUUUGCUGUGCUUUGGGGUUGUUUUCCCCGCUUGCACUUUUGAACUAAAGGUCUGUCUCUUCAGCUGAUGACCAGAGAUGAGGCUUGAUUUCCUCCCUCCUUUUCUCUGUCAACCUUUCAGACCUCAAGAAUGACGAGGCAGUGAUGAUCCUGUGCUCUGUGGUGAUGAAGGAAAACUGUCUCACAUCACUGCUCACCAAGUCUUGGAAGGAGCUAGAAGAGAGACUCUUUGGCUUUGGAGAUUCGGUGUGUGACAGCAUGGGUCGGCGCCACAUGGACCUGCACCCUCACUCUGCUUUCUGUUCGCUGAAGAUGGAGCAGUGUCAGAACAGGAAAAACCUGAAACGCGUUCACUGUGAUUCAAGCAACUUUACCAACUACAUCAGCCCUCAGGUCUCAGCCCAGCUCCAGGCUGCAGAGAAGGAGACCAGCUCCUCACAGCCCUUGCAGGUCAACAAAACGGAGAAUUUAGGAGGGCCGAGGGUAGAGCAGUGGUGCAGCCGGAUAGCGAGCCGUGGUUGUGAAGAUCCUCGUGUGUCUCUGUGGUUGAAGGCAGAGUACAAUGCCUUCCAAGAAGGAGAUGCUCCAGCCCAGGUGGGUGCCCAGUAGAUGCUCCCAUUCCUCCUCCUUCUCCUUCUCUGGCCUUCAUUCCCAUCUCCCCAGAUCUGCGACUCAAACGGAGUGAGGUACCCGAACUAAUGCACCUUCAAGAGCCACCAGUGUCUCCAGCAGAGCCUCUAC